AGGAGGAGGAGGCGGAAGAGGAGGAGGCGUCUGAGGGUCCUGUUUCUGUCUGUUGGUGUCAUCCUACAAGAAAUUACAGGAUGGCACAGUGGGGUGCCGUAUUCUCAAUAAUUGCAGCUCUUGGGGGAGCAGCGCUUUUAGCCUCUGUGCACAAGAUUGAUGAGGGACACACUGGAGUUUACUACAGGGGAGGGGCUCUCCUGACCGCCACCAGCGGCCCUGGUUUCCAUCUCAUGCUUCCAUUCAUCACCACCUACAAAUCUGUUCAGACGACGCUGCAGACAGAUGAGGUGAAGAAUGUACCAUGCGGCACAAGUGGAGGAGUGAUGAUUUACUUUGACCGCAUAGAAGUGGUGAACUACCUCGUUCCAUCAGCAGUGUAUGACAUAGUGAGGAACUUCACAGCAGACUACGACAAAGCUUUGAUUUUCAACAAAGUUCACCACGAACUCAACCAGUUCUGCAGUGUUCACUCGCUGCAGGAAGUCUACAUCGGCUUAUUUGACCAAAUCGAUGAAAACCUGAAGUUGACGCUACAAGAGGAUCUAACAGCCAUGGCACCUGGACUUAUCAUCCAGGCGGUCCGUGUCACAAAACCCAACAUCCCAGAGAGCAUUCGGAGGAACUACGAGCUUAUGGAGAGCGAGAAGACAAAGCUGCUGAUCUCUCAACAGACACAGAAGGUUGUAGAAAAGGAGGCAGAGACAGAAAGGAUUAAAGCUGUGAUAGAGGCUGAGAAGGUAGCACAAGUGGCAGAAAUCAAGUUUGGCCAGAAAGUGAUGGAGAAGGAAACGGAAAAGAAAAUCUCUGAAAUUGAAGACAGUGCUUUCCUGGCCCGGCAGAGAGCCAAGGCAGAUGCAGAGUUCUAUACAGCACAGAGAACUGCUGAGGCCAAUAAGUUUAAGUUAACUCCAGAGUAUCUGGAGCUAAUGAAGUACAAGGCCAUCGCAGCCAACAGCAAAAUCUACUUUGGGAACGACAUACCCAACAUGUUUGUGGACUCUGGCUCAGCAGGGAGCUCUAUCAAGGCCUCUGCAGCCAUGGACAUUGUUGGUGAGCACAUCCUUGAUCUGGAUUAGCAGUGAAAGUAGUGGGACCUACAGGAGCAUCCACUGGUGGAGGACAACCUGCUGCAGGGCAAUAGCCUGGCACAUCAGCGAGCUAGCUGGUUGACUGGCAGGUUCUCCCAGUGGCCCAGAGAAUAUCUGCUGACCUGGGCCUUUAUUUCUCAAACACCUCAGAAUCACUGCUAGAAACCACACUGGAAGACCGACUAGAAAAAUGUUUCAGCCUCAGAGCAGUGGCUUCCUCUGUUUUCCUCUGUCCUGAGAGAGAGUGACAUCCUAUCGACACCAAACUGUAAAUUAGAAGAAAAUAGCCACAAUAGUAAUUUAAACCUGGCCUUGCUGUUACUCAGCUUUUAUAGGCUGUGCAUCCAGUACAUUUAACCAGAGCAGCAAGGAUCAUAAAUCCAUAAAUACUUACAUGUCAGUACUGCAUUAUCCAUGAAUGUGAAACAUGUCCUCAUCAAGCACUCAAAGAAACCAUAAAAAUGUCAAUAGAUGUUACUGAAAAUUCUCAAUUAGGGUUAUAGGUGCAAUGAAUUGAGUUACCAAUGACCAAAAUCAUGAUUAUUCCCUUUACGUUGUUCUUGUUUCAUUAACUGAACGUUUGCUAAGUGCUAUCUCUGCGACAGUUGCAGUUUGUUUUCAGUUCUCUCAUGCCACAUAUUCAGUUGACAGUGAUACCAGUGACUGAUUUAAGACUUGAAAUUUGUUGUAAUUUUCUAAGCAAUGGGUCAGACGUGGACAACAUAAAUGAUUUUGACUAGCUGAAAUGGCUACUUUGAUUAUCAGCACGGUAGCUAGCCGAUUAAGCUAACGUUAGCUCUGUGAGUUGGUCAAAAAUGCUGCCCCCAGCUUACUUUUUAGUGUUUCCACUUGAUUCCUUUAAAACCAAGAAUCUUGUAAAAUGGUGCAUCACUAUUUACUUGAUGUCCACUUACAUGAUUUUGAGUUAAGAACUGAAGCCAAAGCUGCAAAUCCCAGCAAACAUUUGACAACUUACAAGUUAAUGAUUCAGAAAGACUUCACGAAGAAAGAGGCAGUACUGAUUUUAUAUUGCAGUGUGAAGGCAGUACGAGUACUAUUAGUAUGAUGCCUUCAAAUGUAAUAUUUGAUUAUUUUUAUGCCCAGUAUAAGAUGUAAGUUUCUCAGCUGAAGAACUUGCUCUUAUUUUCCAGUUGAAUGCUUUGGAUAUAAUGUUAGAAGAGAGUAAUCUGAAAGAGAACUUACCGCUGUGUCUGACUAACUGCAACAAGUUUGAUGGGGGUAGCUGAUAUUUCUCCAAAUCCAAUGUCUGUACUGUAAAUCAAGAAAGAAAGCACACAUGCUAGUAAUAAGCAGAGGGUGGGUUGUUUUUUGCUUGUUUUUGAAGAAUGUCUUUUCAUGCAAACUAUCAGAUUAUUGCAAUUCUUACUGUUCUGCAGAUGUGUCUGCCGGGGUCUGAAAUUUCAUGAUCAGUGGGUGUGUACCCUCUAAUUAUUGUGGUCCGUGCACGGUCAUUGCAUGUGUGGUAGUAGUGCAUAUACGCAGAAUACGUAGAUGCUGAUCUACUGUUCAUCUAUGAAACCUGUCCUCUCAGUGGACGACUAAACCGUUUUAUAAGAACAACUAUUCAUCCAUUUGCGUGUCCGUAAUCCCUUUUUACUUUUUAUGUAGCCCCAUGCACCCACUUCAGGACAAUAGCUGUUCAGUGGACGUUUUUAGUGGUCAAAUGAAAUAACUUCACAAAAAAAAUCAGUCACUCGACCUUUAAAACAAGUAAAUAGCUAUGAAGAAACCAUCUUGUUUUUUCAUAUUCUGUGUGACCAGAAGGACCAAGCAGGGCAGCUGUUAAGAUGGUAAAAAUGUUGGUUGUCGUUUUCCUGAAAGAAACACCAAAUGUCACUCUAGGGAUAGUGGGCUGGCUGUGAUUUCCCUCUGACCUGCUUGAAAAAUAUGGGCCCUGACCACAAAUGUAGACAAAACACAGGGAUCAUGAAUGUACUGUGGUAGCUGUUGAGACUCAUGUAACAUCACUGCUUUUUCUAUGGUUUGUAGAACUUCUUUGGAGCAGAGGGGUUCUACUGAUUUUUCACUGAAUUUGUGCAGUUUACAAAGCUGUACAUUUGUCCGUCUAUGUGUGUAUUUGUCACCCUGUGUAUUUGGUUACAGACUGUUUAGGUGUUAAUGUCUGUUUUCAUUCAUUUCUUUUUGAAGGCAGUGCUCAUUUUAAACGGGUUAAAUUGGAUUGUGACACACAAAAAAAAAUAGCUUUUGUAUGGUUUGUCCUAACCACAUUACAGACAUGGACAUCAGGGUCGAUCCAUCCAACAUUAGUCAUGUCCUCCCUCCUGACUCUUCACAAUCACCUGAUUUUUUUUGUACUGUAGCUUAAGUAUAUUAAAUGAAGUCAGACUAAUUUACUUUUAUACUGAAUGUUUUCUGAGUGACGGAGCCUAUAUCAGAAAAUUGUUGUGACAAACAGGAAGUAAUGGCUGGAAGAAGAGCCUUAUGCCAAGCAUCAGCAAAAAUUACACUUUUGAUAUGCCAUCAUUUGUUUUGACCAUUAAAACUAUUUUAUGUCCCAGGAUUUUGAUGCUCCAAGUUGGCUCUGGAUAAAAUUGUGCUGACCAAUAAAAGAGAUUUUGUUUUUCUCUAGAUUGUGACACAUGGAGUGGAUGUAAAAUGAAUCUGGUCGCAGUUUUGAAAUGAGCUCAUUGAUGCUUUUCACUCAAAGUUUAUGUUUCAUGAUGUAUUCUUACAUAUGGAAUGAUAAAGGCUCAAGAAUGCUGGAAAAGUUCAUGCAAAUUCAAGCGUGUGAAAUUUGAAUCCACCCCGAUGUACUCUGAGGACCUGUAACUUUCACAAGGCUCCUUCAAAUAUACUGCUUUAAGUUACUGUACUCAAAAAUUCUGCACAUUUCUGAAGGGGUCAGGAGGGAACUUUUUAGAUUUGAAUGAUUUAAUUAAGUAUGACUUAUCGCUCUUUAAUAAUACUAUUUUCAAAUAUUUGUAAUAAUUUCAUGUAUGUCCUUUAGGAACCUUUACAGGUUAUGUACAUUGAAUUGCCUUUGCGCCUUUGGCAGCACGACACACAAAGUCAGAGGAUGUGUGCUGUAGCAAUGGUAUGAUCUGUAGAAAGCAGUUAAUACUGAGGAGUUGUAACAAUCUGUGUGCAUCAAAGUAGUCUGUGGGAGUCCGUUUUUCACUGUGGACAUCUUCUAGAAAUUUUGACAGGAUGAUGACCAAAUACUAAACUCCAUUUAAUGUGUCUUUUGCAACCCUUGCUCUGUUUAACGUGUUGUCAAGCAUUUGUAAUAUUUAAAGUGGCAUUACAUCAGCAGCUGUUGAUAAAAGCUGCCUAUGCCUGAGUUAAUGACCAAAUGAAACAAUUGAUGUGUUUUCCAAAGAACCACUCAACAUUAAGAGCUGACUCAUUUAAUUUUGUAGCUCAAGGCGAAGACGGUAGUUUAAUGUAGGACAUGUUUAGGCAUUGGUUCUGGGAACUUGGUAUGCUUUUUUCUCUUAAACGAACACAUCACUACUGUGAGGAAGUGUUGCUUUAGUACAGAGAUCCAAUGACUCUUUCACCAAUAAUUUCUUAGAACGCUAUUAUUCCACCUGUUACCUGCAGCACUCUCUCAAAGUGAACCAGUUUGCUCUCUGAGCAUCCUCCAGAUGUCAGUAUUUUCAUUCCAAUUUAUCAGAUUAAUUUAGACUGACAGUGACUUAGCAACAGGUGAUUUUGCACUGAUUUCAAUUGUGAAUGUACAAUCAAGUUAUUGUCUUUUGACAAUAAAAGUACUGUGUUUUAUUCUUUGAUAAAUCAA